AUGGUUAAUUUCAUUAAAGAAGCCGUGACUCACAUCAACUCCAUCGACAGCAGCAAGUUCUCCAGACUUCUGUCCCGCAUUCUGCAGAAGCUCCACCUGAAGCUGGAUCUCGUGGGUUGGCAGCUCAAUCUGCAGAUGGCUUCAUCGGCUCGGAGCAGACUGAAAGCGCCGCAUGCCGUCCUCAAUCUGGGGCUCCGGACAGAGGACGACACCGAGCGUCUGCAGGACGUGUCUGUGGAGUUUAACCAUCAGGAUCUGCUGGACUUCUACAAUCAGAUGGAGAUGAUUCAGACUCAGCUGGACUCGCUCAGCUGACACAGCUCCGGUGACGUCUGUGCUUGUUUCUGGAUUUGUGUGUUUCAGACUGAAGCUCUGGAGUGUUUG